ACUGACACUAUCCCCCAGAUCUUGUGCUUCUCUCAGGUUUAGUCUGCGUUCAGUUUCGUCCGUGGUAGGUGAGUGGGAUCUCCAGUGAAUUCCAAAUUUCAUGGUAUCAAGAUGAAGAAUCUCAAACUCCCAACAAUUGUCUUGAUCGCGAUGCAUUGCGCAACUGGGAUCCACGGUUACCAGGCUGAAAGUUGCUUUCUGUACCAGACGGGCAAUAACACAGUUACCCCAGAAUAUCAGCUGAAAGCCGACCAGGUCAACUACGUGACGAUCAACCGCCUUUUCAGUCAAACCCAGACCACCACCAUCGUCAAUGAGAGAGGGGAAUGUCUCUUGCAACUCAUGAAUUCGACCAGUUCCAGCACAAACGAUGGGUGCAUGCCCUUGCCAUACAGGGGAGAUUACACGGCUCUGGAAUUUCGUAAGGGUGAAGACGGGGUACUAUUCGUCAACGAGGAAUCAGAGAAUGAAAUUCGACUUAACGUCACCGCGUCUUCUCUACGAGUCAUGAGCAGCCAAAGAGUCAACGUGGCUUUCGACUGCCCUGGAAAUGGAAUCAAGAUGGAAUACUAUUUCACGCUGGUUGCUGUCUGUGGGAUACUCACCCUCUGUUCUUUCAUUAGGAACAAAGGGAAACAACAACGACGACAACACACUGCACUAACCAACUCUCUGAGCGAAACAAACGCUGCAGAGCCUGGAAUCGUAGGCAGAGAAGGGAAUGGACAGGGCGCAGCAUAUGACAAUAUCGCCUUGCUCUGAGAACAAACUACCCGACUGCCAUUUAGAAGCUAACGUGAUGCAGACUGCAACCUCUCAUACCAGCAUCAACAGUAUUUAUGGUUAUAACAACAACGUGGCAAACUGUAACAGCGACAGUGGGCAUCUUAGGAAAUUCACCCACACAAGUGAAAACAGCUUCUACGGCUGCCAUUAGUAAAGGUACAACAAUUACAUGUUAGAAGCGGGAAACAUUCCUAUGAGUGACACAGCACCUAAAGUUACCUUUGCGUAACUGACCAAUGACCAGAGUGGGUUACCCUUGAGCAACUAACAACAUGCCCAGAGAGCAAGUACCCUUGAGCGACUGAGGACAUGGCCAGAGAGCAAGUAUCCUUGAGCAACUGAGGACAUGGCCAGAGAGCAAGUAUCCUUGAGCGACUGAGGACAUAGCCAGAGAGCAAGUAUCCUUGAGCGACUGAGGACAUAGCCAGAGAGCAAGUACCCUUAAACAACUGAUGACAUAGCCAGAGAGCAAGUACCCUUAAACAACUGAUGACAUAGCCAGAGAGCAAGUUACCCUUGAGCAACUGAGGACAUGGCCAGAGAGCAAAUACCCUUGAACGACUGACGACAUGGCCAGAGAGCAAGUUACCCUUGAGCAACUGAGGACAUGGCCAGAGAGCAAGUAUCCUUGAGCGACUGAGGACAUGGCCAGAGAGCAAGUUACCCUUGAGCAACUGACGAUAUGGCCAGAGAGCAAGUUACCCUUUUGUAACUAAUGGCAUAACCAGAGAGCAAGUUGCCGUUCAGCAACUGACGACAUGGACAGAGAGCAAGUUACCCUUGAGCGACUGAGGACAUGGCCAGAGAGCAAGUUACCCUUGAGCAACUGAGGACAUGGCCAGAGAGCAAAUACCCUUGAGCAACUGACGACAUGGCCAGAGAGCAAGUUACCCUUGAGCAACUGACGAUAUGGCCAGAGAGCAAGUUACCCUUUUGUAACUAAUGGCAUAACCAGAGAGCAAGUUGCCGUUCAGCAACUGACGACAUGGACAGAGAGCAAGUUACCCUUGAGCGACUGAGGACAUGGCCAGAGAGCAAGUUACCCUUGAGCAACUGAGGACAUGGCCAGAGAGCAAGUUACCCUUGAGCAACUGAGGACAUGGCCAGAGAGCAAAUACCCUUGAACAACUGACGACAUGGCCAGAAGCAAGUUACCCUUUAUUAUACUUUUAUUAAUGAUGUGUUCUGCGUGUUUAAUACAAGAGGCUGAAUGAUGAAUGGCAAAAUCAUCCAUGUAUAGGUUGCUUUUAAUUCCAGGAGGUAGAUUUUUAUUAAUAUCAUUAAUUGCUAGGGUAAACAGCGUGCCACUAAGGACACUUCCCUGUGGAACACCAUUUUCAAGUGGAAAUGUUCUGGACAAUACAUCAUGAAUUCUCACUUGAAAACUACGAUUUGUUAAAAAGUUUUGGAUGCACCUAGGUAAAUGUCCACGGAUGUUGUUAUUUUGUAAAGUUUUUAAUAUAGAGGGUACCUCCAUGUAGUAUCAUAAGCCUUUUCAAUGUCAAAAAAGACCGCUACAGUUAUUUGUUUUUGCUCAAAUCCUCUACGUAUAUGGUCUUCGAGGUUAGAGAGAGAAUCUAAUGUAGAUCUGCUGCACUCUGACCCAAAUUGAGUAGGAGUCAAGAUUUUAUUUUCUCGAAUGUGCCAUGUUAAUCACGCAUUUACCAUUUUUUCUAGUAAUUUGCAUAAAUAACUUCUUAGAGAAAUUGGUCUGUAGUUAUUUGCAUUACUUGGAUCUUUUCCAGGUUUGGGGAUAGGAAUUAUUAUUGCUUUACGCUAUUCAUCAGGAAAUAAAUUUAUAAGCCAUAAAUGAUUAUAAAAUUGCAACAAGUAUGUCGUUGCCAGAGGUGCUA